GCACAUUCGUCCUCACUGUGCUUGGAUGACAUGACAACAGAAUGAUCCGCGCCAGGUGAAUCUCGGCGUUAAUGUGCGGUGGGACAGAGUUGCCAGAAUUUAAUAAGUUAAUUUACGAUUAUGACUUCCGUAUAUUCGGGACCCCGGGGUCCCACCAUAAGGUUCAUGUUAAGACUACAGAUCAGCAAAAUCUGCGACUUGUCUUUUUUAAGGCAUUUAUUCUGACUGGUGAUUAUCUACAGGAAAAGAGGCAAACCCUGAAUAAGGUACCUCAGAGUUUCAAUGACAUAAAGCUCAUCCUCGGCACCAUUUCCAGCAUUAUGGAGGAGUCUCUCACUAUGGAGCUGAUGCUGAAGGACAUCCAAGAGAAAUAUCACAACUUGGUUCUGUUUGACAUUGAAUUAACACAAGAAGAAAUUGAAGCUCUUGCUAAUGUGCAAUCAUUAUGGGAAAACCUGAUAAUGGACUCGAAGAAAACCAACUACAACCUAACCCCUUUGAAGAAACACUUUAUGCAGAUUACUGCAGAUGAUAUGAGCGUGUUUAAGCAAGACCUGAUGCAGUUUAUUGAGAGGUUCCGCUGUGAGGGCCCUGUCUCUUUUGGACCUAACUUUGACAAAGGCCUGGAAGUUUUGGUGAUAUUCCACAAUGAAGCUGAUGAGUAUGAAAAAAGGAAAAAGGAACUGACAAAUGCAGAGAAGCUAUUUGACCUCCAAAUUACUGCUUGCCCAGAACUUGUUAAUAUUCAAACCGAAAUAAAGGACUUGAAAGAAAUCUACAACAUUUACAGUCAACUGAAGGCCACAAAACAAAAGUGGGCACAGAUGCUGUGGCGUGACCUGGACAUGUCGAAUUAUGAAGAGGGGGUGGAUGUGCUCAUGAAGUCGCUGCACAGUCUCCCAAAGAUGGUCAGGGAAAUGUCUGCAUCAUUAUUCUUGGAGGCUAAGAUCAACGACUUCACCAGUGCAUUGGCUCUGCUGGCAUAUUUGAAGGCAGAGGCACUGCAGGAGAGACACUGGAAUAAGCUAAUGGACAUGGUUGGCAUUCGCUGUGACUUGGAUCCUGACAAGUUUACACUGGAAAAUGUGUUUUCUAUGGAACUGCACAAGCACAAUGCCAAGAUCCCGGAGAUCAUCACCACUGCUGCUAAGGAGAUUAGCAUAGAAAAGGGCAUAAAGGAGAUUGAGGAUACAUGGAAAAGCAUGGAGUUUACACUUACACAGCACAUGAAGGGGACGGAGGGACGAGGACAUGUGCUGGACGCCACAACUGAGAUCGUACAAAUGCUUGACGACCAAACCAUGAUCUUGCAGGGAAUGGCCGGCAGCCGCUUUAUUGGUCCCUUCCUUGGCGCUGUGCAGAGCUGUGAAAAAUCCCUGUCCCUCAUCAGAGAAAUCAUUGAGAUGUGGCUGGUGGUACAAAGUAAAUGGAUAUAUCUCGAGAGUAUAUUUAUCGGAGAGGAUAUCAGGUCACAGUUACCAGAGAAAGCCAAAUGCUUCGACAGCAUGGACAAGAUGUUUAGGAAGAUCAUGUUGGAGACACUAAAGGACCCACUCAUAAAGCACUGCUGCCUGGCACCAAAUCGGUUAUCAUCACUGAUGAAUCUGUGCGAGGGGCUGGAGAACUGCCAGAAGAGCCUCAACGACUACCUGGACUCAAAGCGCAAUGUAUUCCCACGCUUUUUCUUCAUCUCCGAUGAUGAGCUGCUGAGCAUCCUGGGUAGCAGCAACCCCUGCUGCGUGCAGGAGCACAUGAUCAAGAUGUACGACAACAUCGCAUCUCUGAGCUUCUGUACAGACAGCCAUUCUGAGACACAGGUAACGGGGAUGUUGUCAGCCGAGGGUGAGGUGAUGAAUUUCCGCCGGCCAGUGUUGGCCGAGGGCUAUGUGGAGGACUGGAUGACGAAAGUGCUCUAUGAGAUGCGGUCCACCAAUAAGUUCAUCACCAAGAAGGCCAUCUUCACAUACUAUGAGGACAAAAGCAGAGUGGACUGGAUGCUUCCACUUCAGGGCAUGGUGGUGCUGGCUGCAACCCAGGUUUGGUGGACCUGGGAGGUGGAAGAUAUGUUCUGUCAGAUUGGCAAAGGCCAAAAGCUGGCUAUGAAGAGCUAUUCCACUAAGCUGCACCGUCAGAUCAAUGAGCUGGUUUCCAGAAGCUCUCAGCCUCUCAGUAGCAACAACCGCAAGAAGUACAACACCGCACUCAUCAUCGACGUGCAUGCCCGUGAUAUUGUGGACAUCCUCGUAAGGGACAGUAUUGUGGAUGUGAACGAGUUUGCAUGGGAGAGUCAGCUGAGGUUCUACUGGGACUGCGUUCCGGACGAGUUGACCGUGAGACAGUGCACAGGCACGUUUGGCUACGGCUACGAGUACAUGGGGCUGAAUGGUCGUCUGGUGAUCACGCCACUCACGGACCGCGUCUACCUCACGCUAACGCAAGCCCUGACAAUUUUCCUGGGUGGGGCACCUGCUGGACCUGCAGGGACGGGCAAAACGGAGACGACUAAAGACCUGGCGAAAGCCCUGGGACUGCUCUGCAUGGUUACCAACUGUGGCGAGGGCAUGGAUUACAAGGCUAUAGGAAAGAUCUUUUCCGGACUGGCCCAAUGCGGUGCCUGGGGCUGCUUUGAUGAGUUCAACCGCAUCGAUGCUUCCGUGCUAUCUGUCGUUUCGUCCCAGAUUCAAACCAUUCGAAAUGCACUCAUCAACCAUCUCACUAAAUUCCAGUUUGAGGGCAGUGAGAUUUCACUGGAUUCAAAGAUGGGCAUCUUCAUCACCAUGAACCUGGGCUAUGCUGGCCGCACUGAGCUGCCCGAGUCUAUCAAGACUUUAUUCCGGCCAGUCAUGGUCGUUGCGCCAGACUUGCAGCUCAUCUGUGAAAUAAUGCUCUUCUCAGAAGGGUUCCUCAUGGCAAAGACUCUUUCCAAGAAGAUGACCACGCUUUACAAGCUGGCACGGGACCAGCUUUCGAAGCAGAGUCACUAUGACUUUGGGCUACGAACUCUCAAGUCUGUCUUGAUCAUGGCCGGUGAUCUUAAGCGAGAGGAACCGUACCUCAGCGAGGACGUGGUGCUGAUGCGGGCCCUACGAGACAUGAACCUGCCCAAGCUUGUGUUUGAGGACGUGCCUCUCUUCUUGGGCCUCAUCUCCGACCUCUUCCCAGGCCUCGACUGCCAGCGCGUGUCGUAUCCUAGCUUUGUCAAGGCCGUGGAGGAGACACUGCAAGAAAAGGGCUACUUGGUUCUUCCUGCCCAGGUGGACAAGGUGGUGCAGUUGUAUGAAACCAUGAUGACUCGCCACACCUCUGUCGUGGUAGGCCCUACUGGUGGUGGGAAAUCUGUGGUCAUCAACACCCUGUGCCAAGCACAGACCAGACUUGGCCUGGUCACAAGGCUGUACACACUGAACCCAAAGGCAAUGAGCGUGAUCGAGUUGUAUGGCGUUCUGGAUCCUGGCACGCAGCAAUGGACCGAUGGUAUCCUCUCGAGCAUUUUCCGGAAUAUAAACAAGCCUACGGACAGGCAGGAACGCAGGUACAUUUUGUUUGAUGGUGACGUGGAUGCCCUAUGGGUGGAAAACAUGAACUCUGUGAUGGACGACAACAAGCUGCUAACGCUUGCUGAUGGGGAACGCAUUCACCUUCAGCCGUAUUGUGCCAUGCUUCUGGAAGUUGGGGAUCUAGAUUAUUCGUCACCUUCUACAGUGUCGCGUUGUGGAGUGGUGUACGUUGACCCCAAAAACCUACAGCAUUUACCCUACUGGAAAAAGUGGCUUAAGAAGUGGCAUCAGAAAACACAAGAGAGCCUGGAGGUGUUAUAUCUCAAGUACGUCCCACUGUGUAUGCAAAUGAUUGUGGACGGAAUUGUGAACGGGACCCAGGAAGUCAAGCCCAAAACCAUGGUGCCCCAGACGGACCUGAACAUGGUUGUGCAACUGUGCAUGAUGCUGGAUGCACUGGUGGAGUUGGCUGGAGAAGACAGCUCAAUGCUCGAGUGUUCUUUUCUAGAAGCUCUCUUUUGCUCUCUGGGAGCAACUCUUCUAGAGGAAGACAGAAUCAGAUUUGACAAAUUAGUGAAAAAAAUCUCAGGCAUGCGCCUCGUGUCUGAGCAAGGCAGAGUGGUAGGACCUGAUGAACUUCCCGGUCAGUGCCCUACGCUCUAUGAUUUCCAUUUUGAUGAACAAAGCAAACAUUGGGUGAGCUGGGCCAAUCGAGUGCCCCAGUACAUGCCCAGGCCCGAGGUCAGAUUCGGCGACAUUCUUGUUCCCACAGUGGAUACUUUGCGGAUCACGUGGCUUCUCGAGCAGAUGGUCAAGAUUAAACGCCCUGCACUACUGGUCGGGGAAUCUGGCACCUCCAAAACAGUCAUCACACGCAACUUUCUCAAGGAUCUCAAUAAAGAAACCACUAUUGUGCUUAAAAUGACCUUCUCAUCUUGCACCACAUCAAUGGAUGUUCAACGAAACUUGGAAGCCAAUAUCGAAAAAAUAACAAGGGACACGUUCAGCCCACCUUUGGGCAAGAGACUGCUCAUGUUCAUAGAUGAUAUGAACAUGCCUCGGGUGGAUGAGUACGGAACACAGCAGCCAAUCGCAUUGCUAAAGUUGUUGUUGGAGAAAGGCGGAAUGUACAACCGUGGGCAGGGGGUAAACUACAAGAACGUGAAAAACCUGGACUUCCUGGCUGCGAUGGGCAAGGCUGGAGGAGGCCGCAAUCAAGUGGACCCGCGCUUUAUGUCCCUCGUCUCCACCUUCAUUGUCACUUUCCCAAAAGAGGAGUCGCUGCACCAUAUAUACACUUCUAUCUUAAAAUGCCACACAACGACAUUUUCAGACGAGGUGCAGUCAAUGUGUGAGAAGAUUACUGCUUGCACGCUCAAGCUGUAUAACAACGUCAUUCACAACCUCCCACCAACCCCCUCGAAGUUCCAUUAUAUUUUCAAUCUGCGAGACCUCUCCAGAGUCUACAGUGGCUUGUGUCUCACCACACCUGAAAGAUUCACCAUGAAAGCGCAGUUUGUAAGAGUCUGGAGAAACGAGUGCCUUCGUGUUUUCCAUGACCGGCUUAUAAACAAAACUGACCAAGCACUUGUUCAGCGCAGUAUACAGGAACUGAUCACAGAACACUCACCUGCUGAGUUGGACUACGCAACACGUGACCCCAUUUUGUUUGGUGAUUACAAUACAGCACCGGGAGGGGCUGAGAGCCGUGUGUACGAGGACGUCAAAGAUUACAAUACAGCAAGGGUACUACUCCAGGAGGUACUGGAGGACUACAACGAGAAGAAUAUGACGGCGAUGAACCUCGUCCUGUUUGACUAUGCCGUGGAGCACACGACACGCAUCCACCGCAUCUUGCGAAUUGACGGUGGUCACGGCCUGCUGGUCGGGGUUGGGGGCUCGGGGAAGCACUCGCUCACUCGCCUCGCCGCCUACACCGCCGGCUAUGAGAUGUUUGAGAUCAAGCUAACACGGGGAUAUGAAGAAAAGCAUUUUCGGGAAGACCUGAAGAUGCUGUACACAAAACUAGGCAUCGACAACAAGAAGAUUGUCUUCCUGUUCACUGAUGCACAUGUAGCCAAAGAGAGCUUUUUGGAGACCGUCAACAACAUGCUGACAUGUGGUGUGGUGCCAGCACUAUUUUUGGACGAUGAGAGAGAGAAUAUUGUGAACCAGAUUCGGGACGAGGCAACGAGCGUGGGCUUUGGGCUGUCCAAGGCAAGCAUCUGGCAGUACUUCAACGAAAAGAGUUCCAGCAAUCUGCACAUUGUGUUGAGCAUGUCUCCCGUGGGAGAUACUCUCAGGACAAGAUGUAGAAACUUCCCUGGUAUCGUAAACAACACAGGUAUAAAUUGGCUAUUUCGAUGGCCAAUUGAUGCACUAAAUGAAGUUGCAGAGACAUUUUUAGGAAAGAACCCCAUGAUUCCCAGCAACUACACAGAGGCUCUCAUCAACCACAUAGUUGUGGUCCACAAAUCUGUGAAAUCCUACACUGAGAAGUUUAAACAAGAACUCAGACGCGAGAAUUAUGUAACACCCAAGAAUUUUCUGGAUUUCAUCCAUAACUAUAUAAGACUGCUUCAGGAAAAGGACAUCUCCAUAAAGACCCAAUCCAGACGCCUGGAAGUUGGGCUAGAAAAGCUGCAGGAGGCCAGUGUGCAGCUGGUGGAGCUGAACGAGAGACUGGCCUUCCAGAGGGUGAUUGUAGCCGAAAAGUCCACAGCGUGUAAGCUGCUCUUGGAGGAGAUUGUUGCCAGUACUGUAGACGUGAAUGAGAAGAGACUGUUAGUAGAGGCGAAGGUGCAGGAGAUUGAGGAUCAGAACUUGAUGAUUUCCAAUGAAAAGAAGGAGGCAGAGGAAGCCCUGACAGCAGCUCUGCCUGCAUUGGAUGCUGCUCGGAAAGCCCUGCAGGAACUCGACAAGUCAGACGUCACUGAGAUAAGGUCUUUUGUGAAACCGCCCAAGCAGGUGCAGACAGUGUGCGAGUGCAUUCUGGUGAUGCAGGCUUAUAGGGAUAUCAGUUGGAAGUCUGCCAGGUCCAUGAUGUCUGAUACAAGUUUCCUGCGCACACUCAUGGAGAUGGACUGUGACGCUAUCACACCCAGCCAGGUCAAAACUAUCCGAGCUUUGAUGAAAUUGACAGCCUAUGAGGAAAUGGUGGCCAUCAGCAGGGCGGGCGCUGGCAUGCUGAAGUUUGUAGAGGCUGUUAUGGGCUACUGCGAUGUCGCACGUGACAUUAAGCCCAAACGGGAGAAGGUAGCCAAGCUGGAGCGGAAUUACCACCAGAGUAAACGGGAACUGGGCAAAAUCCAGCAAGAGUUUGCAUCACUGCAGGCCUUGGAGGCGACACUGAUGAAAAAGUACGAGGAGGCGAUGAUCGAAAAACAGCAGCUUCAGUCCGAGACUGAGAUCAUGGAGCGCCAGCUCAUUGCAGUGGACAAACUUUUUGCUGGCUUUGGUUCAGAGAAUAUCAGGUGGGCUGCGGAACUGGACGAGCUCCAGACGCGUCGGCUGAGGCUCCUGGGAGACUGUCUCAUCUGCUCGGCCUUCCUCAGCUACGAAGCCACCUUCAGCUUGAACUUUCGCAACGCCAUGCUGUACGAGGAGUGGCAGAGCGACAUUCUGUUGCGAAACAUCCCUCUGAGCCAGCCAUUCCACCUCGAGGCUCUGCUCUCUGACGACGUGGAGAUAAGCAGAUGGCGCUCAGAGGGCCUCCCAUCAGAUGAGAUGUCCGUGCAGAAUGGGAUCCUGACGGUGCAGGCCCACCGCACGCCGCUCUGUAUCGAUCCCCAGCAGCAGGCGCUCAAAUGGAUCAAGAGAAAGGAAGAGAAGAACCAAAUGAGGGUGACAUCAUUCAACAACCCAGAUUUCCUAAACCAUUUGGAGUUUGCCCUCAAGUACGGAUUCCCAUGCCUCUUCGAAGACGUGGAUGAGUUCAUUGACCCCGUGGUGGACAACGUGAUCACGCGGAAUGUCCAAGUGCAGCAGGGACGCCAGUUCAUUGUCCUCGGGGACAGGGAAGUGGACUUUGAUCCCAAUUUUAGGCUCUAUCUCAACACCAAGCUUGCAAACCCCAAGUACUCACCAUCAGUCUACAGCAAAACCAUGGUCAUCAACUACACAGUGACGAUGAAGGGUCUGGAAGAUCAACUGCUUGGCGUGAUCGUGGACUUUGAGCGGAAGGAGCUGGAGGAGCAGCGUGAGCGCCUCGUCCAGGAGACCAGCUCCAGCAAGAAUCUGCUAAAGGAGCUGGAGAACUCGCUUCUCCGUGAGCUCAUCACGUCCACAGGGAACAUGCUGGACAACGCACAGCUAGUGCAGACGCUCGAUGAGACCAAGGCCAAAGCCACCGAGGUCUCCGAGAAACUGGCCCUGGCAGAGCAAACUACUGUGGACAUUGACAUCCUGCGCAACGGGUAUCGCCCUGCUGCUCAACGUGGAGCAAUUCUUUUCUUCGGCCUGUCAGAAAUGGCCCUCAUAAACAGGAUGUACCAGUACUCGCUCUCCUCCUUCCUGAGAGUCUUCAGGUACUCUCUGCGCCACUCAAUCCCAGACAGCAACCUCGGCGUGCGCCUGCAAAACAUCAUGGAUGCGCUGACUUACAGAGUCUACAACUAUGGUUGCACAGGGCUGUUUGAAAACCACAAGUUGCUAUUCUCAUUUAAUAUGACACUCAAGAUUCAGCAGGCAGGUGGUCAGGUGCCUCAGAGAGAGUUGGAUUUCUUCCUGAAAGGAAACAUAUCCCAGGAGAGGAGUAAAAGGCAGAAGCCAUUUGAUUGGAUCCCUGACCAGGGCUGGGAGGACGUGGUGCAAUUAGCAGAAGUGUCCCCUGAGGCUUUUUCGAAUCUUCCAGGGGAUAUUGAGACACACGAAGUGGACUGGAAGGCUUGGUUUGAUCUGGAUGCCCCAGAACAGGCGACAAUCCCUUGUGAGCAUAAGAAUAGCCUGACGGCGUUCCAGCGUCUGCUGCACCUACGCUGUUUCCGCGUGGACCGGAUGAUCCGUGCCAUCACUGACUAUAUCACUAUUACCAUGGGCGAGAAGUACGUGCAGCCACCCGUCGUCAACAUGAAGAAUGUUUUUGACCAGAGCAGCUCCGCGUCACCCAUCAUAUUCAUUCUGAGCCCUGGUGCUAACCCCGCCAGUGACUUGAAGAAGCUGGCAGAGCAGUUGGGCUUCACCAGGAAGCACCUGCGAAUCCUUGCCAUGGGCCAAGGCCAGGAGAAGGUAGCCCUAAAGUUGCUGGAGCACGCAGCAGCACGGGGCCUGUGGCUGAUGCUGCAGAACUGCCACCUGUUGGUGAGGUGGCUCAGAGAUCUAGAGGAGGUCCUGGGCAAGCUGCACAACCCACACCCAAACCUGCGUGUGUGGCUCACGACGGAGCCAACUCCCCUCUUCCCCAUUGGCAUCCUGCGGAAAUCUCUCAAGGUCGUAACGGAGCCCCCAAGUGGCUUGAAGCUGAACCUGAGGGCGACGUACUUCAAGGUGUCGCACCAGGCACUGUCGGACUGCCCCCACCCUGACUUCCGCCAUCUCGUCUUCACGCUUGCCUUCUUCCACGCCGUCGUGCAGGAGCGUCGCAAGUACGGCAAGAUUGGCUGGAACGUCCCCUACAACUUCAAUCGGUCUGACUUCCAGGUUUGCAUGGAAAUUCUUAACACAUACCUAACCAAGGCAUACCAGCGAGUUCAAGGCAAGAUUCCCUGGGACAACCUCAAGUACCUGAUAGGCCAGGUGGUGUAUGGAGGCCGUGUCUUAGACAGUUUUGAUCAGAGAAUUCUGACCACGUACUUGGAUGAGUACCUGGGAGACUUUGUCUUCGACACCUAUCAGCCCUUCCAUUUUUUUCACAAUGAGCAUGUCGACUACAAAAUCCCACCCAUUGGGCCCAAUGACAGCUAUAUUGAUGCAAUUGAAUCUAUGCCUCUUGCGAACACACCAGAAGUGUUUGGGCUGCACCCAAAUGCAGAGAUCGGCUACUACACCCAGGCAGCAUGUGACAUGUGGAGGUACCUGGUGGAACUGCAACCACAAACUGGAGACACGAGUGUCGGAGAAAACCGUGAGGACUUCAUUGCUCAAGUGUCCGGGGACAUUGAGCAAAGGCUGCCCAUGAGGUUUGACCUGGGCCCCAUCAGGAAGGCCCUGGGAAGUGACAUCUCACCACCCACUGUAGUGCUCCUCCAGGAGCUGCAGCGCUUCAACCGUCUUGUCAUCUGCAUGGGCAGAUCCCUCAACGAGUUGCAGCGGGCACUGAUUGGUGAGGUAGGCAUGAGCAGUGAGCUGGAUGACUUGGCCCAAUCCCUGUUCAAUGGAGAGAUCCCAGCUAUUUGGAGGAAGCUUGCUCCCAACACGCUCAAGAGCCUUGGGAACUGGAUGAUACACUUCAAGCGCAGACACGACCAGUACUCAUCAUGGAUAUCUGAAGGAGAGCCACAUGUGAUAUGGCUGUCAGGGCUGCACAUUCCAGAGUCUUACCUGACUGCCCUUGUCCAGACCACAUGCCACAAAAAUGCAUGGCCACUGGACAGGUCCACCCUAUACACACAAGUUACUGGUUACCGCAGAGCUGAGGAGAUCACAGAACGCCGAGGGCAAGGCUACUUUGUGUCUGGCCUGUACUUGGAAGGAGCUGACUGGGACAUAGAGAGACGAUGCUUGGUUUGCAGUAGACCAAAAGUGCUUGUUGUGGAGCUCCCAAUUAUGGAAAUUAUUCCAACCCAGUUGCACUUACUGAAACUCCAGAACACUCUUCGAACACCCGUAUACGUGACAUCAAUGAGACGAAACGCAAUGGGAGAAGGGCUGGUAUUUGAAGCCGACUUGCACACCUCCCAGCACACGUCUCACUUGAUCCUGCAAGGAGUGUGCCUCACUCUCAACUCGAGCUGAUGUGUCUGCCAAGGUAAACUGGAUAAGAGUACUGCAUACAACACAAGUUUUUCCAACAUUGC